AUGUCCCUUGUACCAACUCUUCCCACCAUUCCGGAACCAACCACCCUGACAUGCAUUGCCUCAGUGAAUGAGGCACGCGCCAUGCGUAUCGCCGAAAUUCUUUCUGAUUUCAGACAUCUACAACAUGCCAUCGCAAAUAUCAGAGCAAAUCCAUCGGCCGAAGAAUAUUACGAGGAAGGAUAUUGCGUGCUUCGCCAAUGCGCAGCAGAAGCCCAAGCUCUACUCAACCAACCAUUCGAUUGCCAAGGACCAGAACCAGAUGGAGAUGGAGAACAAGAGAAAGCGCAGCUCCAACGGGUUAUGCUUGAUGCUAGCAUUCGGCGCUUUAAGAUCCAACAGAUAUACCUCAAAGCAAGCGCAGCAUUGCGUUGGCUUACCUCAAGAAAUGCCAUCCUUGGAGGAAACCGACCUCAACCCAUUCAUACUCCGGCGCUACAACAGAUAGCCAACACUAUGCGUGCGGAACUUGCAUCAGUAACACCAGCUCGGGUAGAGUUGGCACUCCGAUCUCAAGACAGCAUCCAGGGGAAAUGGCUUGCAGAGGACCCAACAUGGAGCACCAUGGAGCAGAGCAUUCGGACCGGCCGAUGA